AUGAGAAACUUCAGCAAAAUCAAUGAAUCAGCCGUCACCGCCACUGGCAGACGCAAACAGCUGUUAGUUACAAGGAAGCUCUCACCGCCGCAGGCAGACAUGAGAAACUUCAGCAUAGUUACAUUACCUUCAGCA